AUGGCCACCUUUACUCGCCAAUCGGACGAUGCUGAGCCGGCAAUCUUUGUGAAUCCGGCUCACAAAAUUGCCAAAAUUGAGGACAACACUUACGGCGGUUUUACAGAGCAACUUCAUUCACUAACAAACCCUCCCAGACACAUGGGACGCUGCAUCUAUGGCGGCAUAUACGACCCCGGAAACCCCCUAUCCGAUCAGCAUGGCUUUCGUACGGAUGUCAUAGAGGCAUUCAAGGAGCUCAAUUGCCCGGUGGUUCGGUAUCCUGGAGGCAACUUUGUCGCCACCUACCACUGGCAAGAGGGUAUCGGACCCAAGGAGAAGCGCCCAAAGAAGCUCGAACUGGCCUGGAAAGGUAUCGAACCAAACGAGUUUGGGACAGACGAGUUCAUGAAAUGGUGCGAAAUUGUCGGAACGGAGCCUUAUAUUGCGCUAAACUUUGGCACUGGAACACUUGAUGAAGCUAUGGGAUGGCUCGAGUAUUGCAACUCAAGUGCCGACAGCCAUUAUGCCAACCUUCGCAGGCAAAACGGGAGGGACAAGCCAUAUAAUGUCAAAUAUUGGGCCUUGGGGAAUGAGUGCUAUGGCGACUGGCAGGUCGCGCAGAUGAACAAGGAGGACUACGCAAAAAAGGCAUGGCAGUGGGCAAAAGCACUGAAGCUCAUCGACCCUACGAUUCAGCUCAUCCUCUGCGGCGAGAAUGGCUAUUCGAGCUGGGACUACUACGUCACCCACGAGUGCAUCUCCCCUUCGUUCUCAGUCCUCAAGGGCAGCGCGACCCUCAUCGACAUGCACAGCAUUCACAUCUACACCGCCUCGGCGGAGCACCUCAAGAACGCCACGGCACCCAGGUCUGCGGAGCGUGCCAUCGAGAUCACCUCGUCCCUCAUAGACCUCGCACGAAUCGAGAACAAGGUGCCGCCAAGCAUACCCAAGCAAAAGAUAUGCUUCGACGAGUGGAACGUCUGGGACCCGGAGCGAGCCCUGGGCCACGAGGGCGCCGAGGAAAAGUACACGCUGUCCGACGCGCUCGCCGUGGCCGUCUGGCUCAACGUCUUUGUCCGCCAGGCCAAGCACAUUGGGAUGGCCAACAUUGCGCAGUCGGUCAACGUCAUAUCCCCGCUCAUGACGAGCAAGAAGGGCAUCUACAAGCAGACGACCUGGUGGCCCCUCUUGCUGUUCAGCAGGUACAUGCGCGGGCACACCGUCGCCGUCCAUGUGCAGAGCGGCGAGUACGACGGUCCGACCAAGCCCGUGUGGAUCAGGGGCACGAUCGAGACGCCGUGGCUCGACGUCAGCGCCUCCAUCAACGACGAGGGAGUCGUCUCCCUGGUCGUGGUCAAUAUCCACGAGGAAAAAAGCUUCUCUACUCGGCUAGAUGGUGUGAAACAGGCCGACGGCGGGGACGUUGAGGUCUACACCGUCACUGGGCCGAACGUGAACAGUCGCAACACCGAGGAAAAGCAAGAGGUCGGCAUCACUGAGAGCAAGUGGAAUGGAAAAGGUCCAUAUGAGUUUCCCAAGGCGUCCAUGACUAUGCUCCGUUGGAAGCCGUAG